AUGGGUGUGCUUAUGGGCAGCUGUCUAUCAGCUCUGGUUCUCUGCUGUAAUAUCGCAGUCGUCAUCGUGGGAAGCAAGAAACACGGUGGUUAUCAGGGUCGCAUAGCCAAAAUCAAGAUCGGGACAGCCAGAGACAUGACUAUGUGGAGUGCUGUCUCUCAUUUGCUCAUCAACGUCAUCAGCGCUCCUACAAGACACGACAUCGACAUAGCGCAUGGAGAGGGCCAGUGGUACACAUUAGCUUGCUGGGUUUUAGGGUGGUUCGGAGGAUCCCACAAUAACGUGCUGCUCUUUGAUUCGUGUUGGCAUUGUUGUCAAUUCACCUACACCUCUUGUAAUGCCUUGCACAAGCGAUUAGAGAAGAAUGCUGACCAACCAAGUUACAAUGCAGCAGUAUCCCAGGUCUCCGCCGUGAACGAGUACCGUCUGCGUGCCAUCGAUAUACAGUCUGAAGGAUGGUACGCGAAGAACAACGCCUACAAACGACUCAGUAAUGACCAAGGGCGCGAAAUCUACAACACCAUGUACUUGACUGAGCACGGAGACCUCGUCCUUGUCAUCGAUCGCCUGGCACACAACAUUUCGCAAAGUUCGGUCUUCACACUGUCACGACUUCCUUCCGUGUUUUUCCAAUAA